GGCACAUUGUAUCAAAGAAGGUUGACACGAAAAUAGAAAAAAAAAACAAUUUAAACUAAAUUUCGCGUAAUUAAUAGGCUGUUUUUCACAUUUCCAUUGAUUUUAGUUACUAAUUGAGUGUAUCCUUUGUUCGUUUAACCACACAACACGCCGCAUUUCCACCUCGAAAAAGUGAAAAGUUUUGUGCAAGUGGCUCAUUACGUCGCUACAUACGAGAACAGAAGGCGAAAAAAAAGAAACCUGGAUGACAGACUGAAAAUUUCGUGUCAUCAAAUUCUUGAAUUUUCCUUUUUUACUUGCAUUUCCGUUGUUUUUUUCGUUUUCUGUGGUCGUGCGUGAACUGAAAAAAGACAUCUACAUUCCAAAAGACAAAAUUUUUCAUCAGAAAUCGUCAAAAUGAGUGUUUCUGAAGGAUUUAAUCCCGCAUUUAACAUGGCCACGAUACGGCAAGCAAUAAAUGAGACAAUUGACCGAGUACGGAUGCCGACACCCACACGUUUGCGGGACUUGAUACGACAAAUACGCGCGGCACGGACCGCCGCCGAGGAGCGGGCUGUCGUAAAUCGCGAAUGUGCCUACAUCCGAAGCACUUUUCGCGAGGAGGACUCCGUUUGGCGUUGUCGCAACAUCGCAAAACUCCUGUACAUUCACAUGUUGGGCUAUCCGGCGCAUUUUGGGCAGCUCGAAUGUCUGAAAUUGACAGCCAGUGCUCGUUUCACGGACAAGAGAAUUGGAUAUUUGGGCGCCAUGUUGCUGCUCGACGAACGACAAGACGUUCAUUUGCUCAUUACGAAUUGUUUGAAGAAUGACCUAAAUUGCCCCACGCAGUUCGUGGUUGGCUUGGCGUUGUGCACUUUGGGUGCGAUUGCGUCUCCGGAGAUGGCUCGUGACUUGGCUGGCGAAGUGGAGCGACUAAUGAAGUCCCCGAAUGCUUAUAUUAGGAAGAAGGCGGCGUUGUGUGCGUUUCGGGUGAUUAGACGUGUGCCGGAGUUGAUGGAAAUUUUCCUGCCAGCGACGCGUUCUUUGCUCACGGAGAAGAAUCAUGGAAUUUUAAUCACUGGCGUAACUCUCAUCACGGAAAUGUGCGAGCACAGUCCCGAUACGUUGGCUCAUUUCAAAAAGGACACGGGAAGCAGAGAGAUCGUCCCGAACCUCGUCCGCAUACUGAAAAACUUAAUUUUGGCCGGAUAUUCGCCGGAACACGAUGUGAGCGGUAUUAGUGAUCCAUUUUUGCAGGUGAAAAUUCUCCGUUUGCUUCGUAUUUUGGGACAUAAUGAUGCCGAUGCAUCCGAAGCGAUGAACGACAUUUUAGCGCAAGUCGCUACCAACACAGAAACGAGUAAAAAUGUGGGCAACACAAUUUUAUACGAAACCGUUUUGUCGAUUAUGGACAUCAAAUCCGAAGGCGGUUUGCGUGUCCUCGCUGUCAACAUUCUCGGUCGCUUCUUGUUGAACAGCGACAAAAAUAUUCGUUACGUUGCUCUAAAUACCCUUUUGCGGACCGUUCAAGCGGAUAUUUCGGCUGUGCAACGUCACCGAAGCACAAUUCUCGAAUGCUUGAAGGACCCGGACGUGUCAAUUCGUCGUCGUGCAAUGGAAUUGUCCUUUGCACUGAUAAAUGCUCAAAAUAUUCGUACUAUGGUUAAGGAGUUGUUGAUUUUCCUCGAAAAGGCAGAUUCGGAGUUUAAGGCGCAAGUUAGUAGUCGCAUGGUUUUGUCGGCAGAACGAUUUGCGCCAACGAUUCGCUGGCAUCUGGAUACGUUGUUGAGUGUUUUGUUAGCGGCGGGAAAUUACGUGAGAGAUGAUGUUAUUUCAUCCACAAUUCAGCUAAUUUCGAGUAGUCCGCCUGUGGAGCAGGGAUAUUUUGCACUGAAAUUGUGGGAAGCGCUUCAAACUCACAAAGAUUGCGAAAGUAAGCAACCGCUGAUUCAAGUGGCGUUCUGGACAAUGGGCGAAUAUGGCGAUUUGAUGAUGAACGGGGAGAGGAUAGAAGAAUUAGACCGUCCAACGGAAACCGACUUAUUGGAUUUCUACCAAAAAGUUUUGUGGUCACCGCAAGUGUCGACAAUUAGCAAACAAUAUGCUCUGAUGUCAUUGGCGAAGCUCAGUACGAGACUAAAUCCGUGUCCAAAUGAAAUUCAGUCGAUGAUUGUUUCCUUCAGCUCUCAUUUGAACGUCGAUUUGCAGCAGCGUGGCAUCGAAUUUUCGCAACUAUUUCGGGAUUACAACAAUUUGAGGCCUGCAUUGCUCGAAAAAAUGCCGCCGAUGCAGCUCAACAAGGCAAAUGGCAAUGGAGUGUCGUCUGACGACAGCACGAGUGGUCCAGAUUUGAUCGAAACGGAAGUUUCGGGAGAAGAAUCGCUCAUUGGCGGCGGUGUUUCAGUGAAGUCAUCAGGACCAAGUGACUCGAAUAUUUUGCUGGACCUCUUGGGUGGCAACGACGAACCAAGCAGUAUUCCAAAUGUUCCAAAUACGACAAAUAACAAUACGAUCAACAGCAGUAAAUCAAAUAAUCAAGAUCUACUAGACUUAUUGGGUGGCCUUGAUUUGUCGGCACCAUCGGAUGCCGCAUCGACAACGACGAUAAUGCCACCGCAAGCAACGCCCACGAUGAUACAAUCGCCUCUGGACUCGCUCGUGGGCCUCGGAGGACUUUCGUCGCCCGUAACUGCGGUGCCCGAUAGUAGUAGCAACAACGUUGACGGAUUGCUGGUGAACAAUUUAUUAGGCGGACAACAAAAUAACGUAACGAGUACCGAUAUUUUGGAUGAUUUUACUAAUUUCAACCAAGAAACAACGUUGCCAAAAAUCACAGCAUUCAAUAAAAAUGGCAUUUUAGUUGAUUUACUACCACGCAAGGGUGCCGAUUGCCUCACGAUAGUUAUGACAGCGACAAACAGUUCGUUGAAUACCUUAGAGCAAUAUCUAUUUCAAGUGGCAGUUCCUAAAAGCUUCACACUUCAAAUGUUAUCGCCAUCGGGCACUGAAUUACCGCCCGGCGGCAACAUAACUCAGGAAAUGAAGAUCACAAGUAAUGCCAAGGCUGUUCUGCGGAUGAGACUGCGAUUGUCUUACGUGUCGGAAGGGAGUCCCGUGCUCGAGCAAACUGAAGUUAGCGGCUUUCCGGAUGACGUUUUCGAAUGAUGAUCUAUUGGCAGUCAUUAAAAAAGUUUUUUUUAUGAGAGAAAUCGUUAAAAUUUAUUUUAUUCCUUAAGUUUAGCAUGUUAUGAUUAUCAUUUAUAUCUCUAUCUAACUACACGUUAAAAGAAUUUUAUUACUACGAAAAAAGUGAAAAAAAAACUAAUAAUAAUUGUAAAAAUUAAUUUAAAAAAAAAAUAUUAAAUAUAUAUCAAGUAGAUAAAAUUUAACAAAAAAUAUCGACUACGAAGCAAAAUGAAAGAAAAAUAGAAAAAAAAGAAUAGAAUGUAAAAAAAAAACGGAAGUAGGGUGACAUUUUUAACCGCGCGUGCUUCUUUUUUUAAGUUAUUUUCGCUUUUUAAGCAUUUUAUAACGCAUGCAAGCCUUACAAAAAUAACUCUCUUGUAAAUUUAUGUGGUAGAAAGUUUUUCUUUUAUUAUUUCUCGAGCUAAAAAAAUGCAGCACUCAAAAAUUAGGUCAUUACCGGAUUACUUAGCUAACGUAAGGACAUUAAAUUAGCGCAUAUUUAUAUACAACAAGAACAAUAGGAGAGUCCAUUAUUUAUGGGGUGGGUUCCUUAAUGAUUUUGACAGUUAAAGUUUUUGACAGUGUCACUUAGUGUUACUUUUUUUUAAUAAAAUUAUAAUUUUAAGGCGAUUUUUAGUUAAUUUUUGAUAUUUUUAGUUAAAAGUUUUAAAAUCUAGAGAUUUUUUAUCAAAAUUUAUUUAAAUUUUGACAUUUAAAAUAUUGACCUUUGACAGAUGUCAUAAUUUUUUAAUAAUUUUCAAUUUUAAUCUUAAUUUUUUGAUUAAAAUUUAGAUUAUAGAUCAUCU